CGUGCCUCCAACAGUGGAAAGUAAACUUCAUCACUGUAUUAUAUUGCUAUAACCUCUGAAAAAAGAUGCCAACCAUACAAGAUGACCCGUCAAAUCGAUACAUCUCUAAUCAUCUGCCUGUGAAAGAACUAGCCGAAUCACCCAGCGUGUUGCUUCUGGCAGCCUUGAACAAACUUGUCGCCGACACCCCGCCUCUGACGCGCGUCUCUGAACAAGAUCAGUUUGGGCUCUUUGGAGGAUACAUUGGCAUUUCAGGGCUUCUUUUACAACUGUCCUCUAAAUACCCCGACUUGAAAAUUCAAGACCAGUCCCUCAAACAGUGGGCAGCGCUCUAUCUCGGUGGCGAGCGCGAUGCAACGCAGGCAGUCCCGUAUCCGCUCAUUGGGUUAGUCAGCGAAACGGUCUGCUUAAUUGCGCUGAAAGCGUGUCUAUCAGACGACGAAACAGACUGUGACAAGUUCUUGUUGUCUUUUGACGCAGCUUGCCAGCCAAUACCCGAGGGCGAGGAAGACAGAUGGGACCCAGAACUACUGCAGGGCCGCGCAGGCGCCUUGUAUCUGCUACGGCUCGUUCGCAAAUGGGUUCCCGCCAGAAAAGAAAAGAUUGGUGAUUGCAUCAGCGACAUUGCAGAGCGGCUGAUGCAAACCAACGACUACGGUGCCAGGAGUUGGCGAUGGAAGGGCCGCAUGUAUACUGGCGCAGUACACGGCGAUAUUGGCAACAUAACCCAGCUCGUUCUGAGCAAACCUAAUUUGGCGCCACGAGUGGAGGCACAUUUGAAGCGACUCCUGGAAAUGCAGUUUGAAGAUGGCGGCUGGCCGCUGCAUAGCAAUCGAGACGAAGAGGCCACGACCAUGGUCCAGCUCUGUCAUGGGGCGACGGGUUUUGUAUACAGUCUCCAAGCGCUGCGCCCGUAUUUUCCAAAUUUGAAAGACGAAAUUGAUACCGCCAUCAAAAAGGGCCAAUCUUGCAUUUGGGAAAAAGGACUACUAAAGAAGGAGCCGAGUCUGUGUCACGGCACAUUCGGCAACGGUCUCGCUUUGCCGCGCGGUCCGAAGCGAAAUCAUUUUCUAGCAUGGUCGACACCCAAUGCAGUGGCACAGGCUAAAGCAUUAGAUGGCGAAAUGUUUGCCGAUGCGCACUACGACUGGACGUACAGUGUGCCGAUGGUGUAUGAUCUCAGCUCGAUCUGGACGUGGGCUGUGUGCGAGGAAGACGAGCCAACAAUGCUCUUUUACACAGACGUUUAAAAUAAAUGUUCAUGUCGCAAUGCACAUUAAAUAAACUAAUCGCAC